GCGAUCACUGCGUUGAAACGGGUAUAAAGGAUGAAUGUAAGGAGAGGAGCAACUGGUGACAUACCAAUGGAAUAUACCCCGGGAAAAAUCGAUAACAGCUGUCAUCGGUCUGAAUACUCGAUACGGCAGAACAAGUCCUGCAUCCUCGCAGUUGUUCCGAAUCGAGUAUCGACGAGUGUUGAGGCAGCAAAUCACCCAGCGUCAUACCUAUAUCAUUUAAUGGUCAAGCGUAAAGAAUUGCGGAUGAAAGACCGACGUCAGAGGUUGGGUUGCCAUGGAUACUUUUACGAUCUUCUAUCCGCCGCAGCUUUUCAUCUUGGGAUGGAAUCCACCAGGGAUCUACCUAACGAGGACGAAGCAGCUUACACAGUCGAGAUCAAACGUGUGCUCUUCCGGUCUGAAGAUGUGAAAAAAUUCUGUACAUAUUCUUCCUAUAUUCAAGCUUAGUUCGAUACUGUACGGUUUAUUGCAUCACCUCAAAGAAACCUGAAUUGUAUCAUCUUUCAUUAUAGAUGAAUAUCAUACACAUAAUGUUCGACUUCGAAGACUACUCAGCGCUGCUUAGUACAACUUAGCUUUCACAUAAAAAUACCAGCUUCUCUAUGUCGAAGAGUUGCCUUUUAAAUUGUACUUUAUCCAUGUAGUACGAAAUAUCUAUUUGUGUACGUGUCGACGAAGCCGCUAAAUUUGUACAAUUCCUCAGCUGAGGUGACAUUCCAAUAUUUGGUCUCUGCAACCAAACCGUGUAAGGAAUUUAUGGAAGCCAUCGCAGCCAAGACAAGAUAGAUUUGAAAGCUUCAUUCGACAGUAUUACAAAUUUGUGGCAUAUUUGAAAAUGGAUUGUAAAUAUGAAGAUGAAUAAAUGCUUAGGAUGAAAUGAUUAAUGUUACAAUUAGCAAGCUGUACGUUAUGUCAUGAAGCCAAUUUUUUACUGUAAUCGUUGGUGCCUCAGAUAAUGUGUAAUUAAAGUUUCGAAGCCUCGUAACAAUUGGACACAGUUGUCUUUA